AUGCCAACUCCCAAACCACCUUCGUUACUCUGGCUAGGGUUUGUCUUGUGCUUGUUGAUUAGAUGUUGUUAUUCGGAUCCGGGUUCAAAUUGCCCCAAAACGAACACUUCCCUUAUCAACUUCAUCUCCGAAUUCAACAUGGUUCAACACCAGCUCAGAGGAGUUCUCACAAUCCUCGAUGACUGCUCAUUUUCAGUCACCCAAUUUGAUAUGCUACAAGGCUCAGAUGUGCACUGGUGGGGUGCCCUUGGGCCAGAUUUCCAAAACCUAACAGCGGGUUUUAUUGUUUCUGAUCAAAAACUGAAUCAAACCUACAAAAAUGCUAGCCUUGUUGUGAAUUUAAUGAAAAAUGUCACUUGGGAUAUGAUCAAAGCCCUUGCCGUGUGGGAUAUCCCCACGGCCUCGGAUUUUGGUGAUAUUUUGUUGGAAGAAUCUCUGAAUAGUUCGGAGACUAUUGCACCAUCGCCAAUGCCGGUGAAUGGCACUGAAAAUUUGAACAAUUCGAGUUUUAGGUUGGAGAGGGAGCCUACGAUGUUUAAGAAUUGUAAAGAGUUGUCCAAGGUUUAUAGAAUUAGGUGGACUUUGAGGGAGGAUGAGGAUUUGAUUGAUGUUGGAUUGGAGGGUGCGAUUGGGAUUCAGAAUUAUAUGGCUUUUGGGUGGGCAGAUCCGAAUGCAUCGGAAAAGUUAAUGCUGGGUGGGGAUGUGGCGGUGACGGGGUUUACGGAGGAGGGAAUACCAUUUGCCGACGAUUAUUUUAUAACUAAGUAUGCCGACUGUAUGAUAAAUAAGGAUGGGAUUGUUCAAGGGGUUUGUCCAGACACUAUGUAUGAAGGGUCAGACCCGGUUGGGUUGGAGAACAAUACUAAGAUGAUUUAUGGGCAUAGGAAAGAUGGGGUGUCAUUUAUACGGUAUCAGAGGCCGUUGAAGUCAGUUGACAAGAAGUAUGAUAGGAAGAUUGAUCCUAACGUUAAUAUGACAGUGAUUUGGGCUUUAGGAUCAAUAAAGCCGCCAGAUGCCCUGAGGCCGUAUUAUCUUCCUCAAAAUCAUGGUGGGACUUAUGGGCAUUUGGUGCUUAAUGUUUCAGAGCACGUGGAUGAUUGUUUAGGGCCACUGGAUGCUGAGGAUAAGGAGGAUCAAGAAUUGAUCAUUGCAGAUAAGAAGGAACCUCUUGUGGUUACGACAGGUCCAACAUUUCAUUACCCGAAUCCCCCAAAUCCUUCAAAAGUUCUUUACAUUAACAAGAAAGAGGCUCCUGUAUUGAGAGUAGAAAGGGGGGUUACAGUGAAGUUCUCUAUACAAGCUGGACAUGAUGUUGCAUUCUACGUAACUUCUGAUCCGCUGGGAGGGAACGCAACUUUGAGGAACAUGUCUGAGACUAUUUAUUUUGGGGGACCAAAAGCUGAAGGAGUUCAAGCCAGUCCUACGGAGUUGGAUUGGGCGCCUGACCGGAACACCCCAGAUCAAGUUUACUAUCAGUCUCUCUAUACUCAAAAAAUGGGUUGGAAGGUUCAAGUGGUUGACGGGGGCUUGCCCGAUAUGUAUAACAACAGUGUUGUUUUGGAUGAUCAGCAAGUUACCUUUUUCUGGACACUGUCAAAAAACUCGAUAUCUAUUGCAGCUCGGGGUGACAAAAAAAGUGGUUAUCUGGCAAUUGGGUUUGGUAGUGAAAUGGUGAACAGCUACGCUUAUGUGGGUUGGAUUGAUGAUGAUGGCAAAGGGAGGGUGAAUACAUAUUGGAUUGAUGGAAGGGAUGCCACAGGUAUACAUCCAACUAACGAGAAUCUGACUUAUGUGAGAUGCAAGUCAGAAAAUGGCAUUAUCACGUUGGAGUUUACCCGUCCAUUGAAUCCAUCAUGCAAUCGAGAAAAAAGGCCGGAGUGUAAUAAUAUUAUUGAUCCCACGACCCCACUUAAAGUUAUUUGGGCAAUGGGUGCCCAGUGGUCAGCAGACCGUUUAAGUGUGAGAAAUAUGCAUUCCGUUACAAGCAACAGACCUCUUCGUGUGUUGCUGAUGCAUGGUUCUGCUGAGGCAGAGGAGGAUUUACGGCCAGUAUUAGCUGUACAUGGGUUCAUGAUGUUUCUUGCUUGGGGUAUAUUGUUUCCUGGUGGAAUUCUGGCUGCUAGAUACUUGAAACAUGUGACGGGUGAUGGGUGGUUUCAGAUUCAUGUGUACUUGCAAUACUCGGGAUUAGCAAUUAUCUUCCUGGGCUUUCUUUUUGCUGUAGCUGAGCUUCGGGGUUUUGUUUUUGACUCCUUACAUGUUAAAUGUGGAAUGCUGGCAAUAUUGUUGGCUAUUGUACAACCAGUGAAUGCAUAUCUGCGACCUAAAAGACCAGCUGCUGGGGAGGAGGCUUCCCCGAAGAGGAUUCUUUGGGAGUAUAUUCAUGUUAUUGUUGGUAGAUGUGCUAUUGUUGCAGGGAUCGCCGCUCUUAUUAGUGGAAUGAAGCACUUAGGAGAGAGAUAUGGUGGCAUAAAUGUUUAUGGACUUAGUUGGGCCUUGGUAAUUUGGUUCUUGAUUGGUGCUUUGACGGUAUUGUAUUUAGAGUAUAGUGAGAAAAAGAGAAGGCGUGAUAGAAUUUUUGGAAGAAGCAACUGGGUAUUGGGUAAUGGCGAGGAGGAAGAUAUUGAUCUCUUGAGCCCAAGCAGAGCAAUUGAAGAAAAAGAAUCACAUCCUUCUGAUAGGAUGGAAGUUCAAUUAGAACCUCUAAGCAGAUAG